AGAUAAGACCACUGGCACGCUUUACAAGUGAGACAAGUUCUCCUUUCUGCACAUGCUGACUGCACAAAUCAUCUUGUGCAUCUUGUCUGUCACAUCCCAAUGAAUGAUCCACACACAUAAUAUUUAAGACAUAAUAUUUAAGACAAAAACUGCAGGCACUACUUUCUGCAAAUGAACACGCCCAGACCUUUUAAAUAGCACUACAACAUGUUCUGAUGCUACUCUGGAAGGGCAAAAGAUAAGGAUAAGAUGGGGAUAAGACGAUCAAUCAGGUUCGGCCGCUUGAGUGCCGCCACGAAUGCUACUCUAAGAAAGAAGUACAAAAAGAGCCAGUUUGAGCAGAACGGCCAGGUAUUUGGAUUUGAACAAGUACAAAGACCUGCGAAGCUAUGUCAUGAAAUGUCAUGAUACUAUAGAAGUCUACAACCCUCAGCUGCUACUUCAGCGUAAUCAAUUCUGUACAAGUCAAGUACAAGUGGCAUGCAAGAACCAUCUUCUGCUGUGGGGGCCUGAGCGCACUCGGAAAACAUAUCAGGGAUGCCCUCCUGUGGCAUUAUCACUGCCACCGAAUUGCUGAGGGCUCUCUGCGACUCUCGUGCCAUCAUCUGCUGUGCAAGUUCUAGUCUGCUUUUGAGCUCAUCGCUGAUGGCUGCUGCUGCUGCUGUUGUUGCCUCCUACUGGCAAUGUGUUUGAAUACUAUCGGCAGCACAGCAACCACCCCAACCCCACAACC